AUGGCGACGCCAGCACCCUCUGUGCUCCCACCACUCCCGCAGCUUGAUAUUAAACAACAAGCAGCGAUGAAGCAUCUCAUUUCAACUGUCAUUCUUUCAUUUUACGACGCGAAUUACUAUAUCCUGGUGGACAUUCUGCUGAAAAAUAAUAUCCUCCGUGAUGACGACCUGGCUGGUCGCGUUGGGCUCAAUGUUAAAGAGCUGACAAGAGUGAUGGGCAAACUCACCAGUCAUCGAUUAGUCCAAGCUUAUCGUCAGAAUGAAAUGAAGGAGAACCAAGGCCGCAUUGUCGGCAAGCAGUAUUACUGGAUCGACUUGCAAAAGUUUUGCAACGUUGUUAAAUGGAGAAUAACCAAUAUGCGAGUUCAAAUCGAAGAUUCACUUAAAGCGGAUCUCGAUAACAAGGGCUAUGUGUGCCCUAGAUGUACAAAAUCAUUCACUACUCUCGAUGCCGACAGACUGUUCGACCCAAUGCUCAAUAUUUUUGCCUGCGAUAUUUGUGGCACAGAAGUCGUUGACAACGAAAACUCUGAAAAGGUUCAGGGUAGCAAGGAUCGUAUGCAACGAUUCAAUGUUCAGAUAAGGCAUAUCAGAGAGGCUCUGCGAGAGAUUGAAGGAAUCGUCAUCCCUGCGUUCGAUGUUGCGCGCUAUGUACGAGAACAGAUGGCCGCACAGCGUGCUAUGAACAACGCCGAGGACGAUGGCCUCAAGAUUGCUACUGGCGGAGCAAAAGCGGCAGAAGUUGAGAUUCACAUCAUUGAAGAUGACGACGAGGACCAGAAGAAGCGAGAGAAGCAAAAGACGGCAGACGAGAAGAGGCGACAAAACGUCAUGCCAUCCUGGCACACCACCUCGACCAUUUCCGGAGACAAGACGGCGCUCGGGAUUCAGGCCGAGCAGAGAUCGAACAACGAAGCCCUGCUUGCCGAGCUCGAUGCUCAGGCUAAACUAGCGCAAGCAAAGGCCUCGAGCUUUGAUACGUUUAACACCGAGGAAUACUAUGAGAGACUUAUCAAUGAAGGUGAAGGGUCUCCUCGUGGUACGAAACGCAAGCUUGAGGAGGACGGCAGCGAUCCACGGCAUAUGAAACUACCACGACGGGAUGGAGCUGGACCAUGGGGACCAGGCGGGUAUCCUCCGAUACCAGGACGGCCGUACGGCUAUCCACCGCAGGUGUUCCCGUCGGGUCCUGGCUCCGUUACACCAAGUCAUCUCAUGCCUGGCUAUCGACCACCUGGAGGAUACCCACCUAUCCCGGGCUACUACAAGCCGGGCUCUCUGCCACCUCAGAUGCGCCCUCAAGCACCUGUCGAGGCAUCGCGAAACACGCCGUCGCAGGGUAGCGACUCGGAUUCGAGUCAAGAGAUGGAAGGCAUCUCGUCGACGAAUCUCACUCCCGUCCCGCCCGCAGACAAGCCGAAGAGACUUGCUUUGAAUGGAACGGAAAAGAGAGUCUCAUUUGCUGAACAAGUUCAUGAACGGAGCGCGUCGCCUAUGCCACCACCCUCUCAAGGUAGUUCUGUUGCACAGGAGGAGUAUAACCCUUGGGUGAAGAUCGCCGGCAAGGAAGUUAGGGCGCGAGACGUCAAGGAAGGAGAUGAAGAGUUGAUGACUCCAGAAGAGUUUGAAGUAUAUUGGAACAUCAAGGAGAAGUUGGACGAGAUAGAUGCGGCAGCUUGA